AUGCUAGCAUCGACGACUUCUACGGAAAGCUAUCGAAUCGAAAUUAAAACGGAUAUAAAACGAAAAGCUGCUCCAUGGGGCCCCAUAGGGCCCCACGGAGUUUUGGGUCCUCCCCACGGGGGAACCCACGGAAGAUUAGUUAAGAAGUUGAGUGUUAAGGUUGAGAAGUUAAGUGUUGAAGUUAAAGUUGAGAAGUUAAGUGUUAAGGUUAAGAAGUUGAAGUUAACUGCUACACGUAACCUACGUAAAGCUGCUAUACGUAACCUACGUAAAGCUGCUAUACUUAACGUACUUAAGACUGCUACACGUAAACUACGUAAGGCUGCUAUACGUAAUUUACGUAAAGCUGCCAUACUUAACGUACUUAAAGCUGCCACACUUAACGUACUUAAGGCUGCUACACGUAACCUACGUAAAGCUGCUAUACGUAACUUACGUAAGGCUGCUAUACUUAACGUACUUAAAGCUGCUACACGUAACCUACGUAAGGCUGCCACACCUAACGUACUUAAAGCUGCUACACGUAACUUACGUAAAGCUGCUAUACGUAGCGUACGUAAAGCUAUUACACGUAACUGA